AUGAGCUCUGAAGAUUCGAAAGCACAGGCCUCUGCCCCAGCUGUUCAGCAACAUCACCACCAUCACCACCGUCAUCAUGCUUCGCCUGACAUUGUUAUUGAACCCUUGAUUCUGACCUCUCAUCGAAACGAAGACAACUGUUGCGAUUGCAAUGCCCCCAUUAGCAAUACAUCAGCUAUUCAAAAGUUUGAUGUUUCCGACGAAACCCUUGAUGGUUUGCUUGACAACAACCGUCGCUGGGCUGCAGCAGUGCUUCGCGAGGAUCCCGAGUUCUUCAAAAAUAUCGCUAUUCGUCAGGAACCCAAGAUCUUGUGGAUUGGUUGUUCGGACUCUCGUGUGCCUGCCAACCAAAUUGUUCAAUUGGGCCCAGGCGAGAUUUUUGUCCACAGAAAUAUCGCCAACGUGGUCAACCAUUCCGAUUUGAACUGUUUGUCUGUGAUUCAAUACGCCGUCGAAGUUCUCAAGGUUCAACACAUCAUUGUUUGCGGUCACUACAACUGCGGUGGUGUCACAGCAGCUUAUGGCAAGGAGCAGUAUGGUUUGAUCGACAACUGGCUUCGAUCCAUCAAAGAUGUCUAUCGAUUGCAUGUUGGCGAGAUUGAGCCCUUGGAAAGUGAUGGUAAGCGUAUCCGCAAACUGGUGGAAUUGAAUGCCAUCAACUCGGCCAAGAACGUGUGUCACUCCACCAUCGUGCAGAAUGCUUGGGCCAGAGGUCAGAAGCUUACGAUCCAUGCUUGGGCCUACGAUAUUGAGGACGGUAUUGCCAAGAAGCUCGACUGGACUGUCAGCAAUCCUGAACCCCUUCAAAACAUCUAUCAUCACUAA